AAGUUUAAUAAUAGUCUCUUCUUAAAAGAACGUAAGAAGCGUUAUAAUAGUAAGGUAUACCUCUGCUAUAGCGAAGUAGAACACUUCUGUAGAGACUACCUAAAGAAUAAGUUAACUAAGAGAGUGCGAAUACUACGAGUAGGGAUACUAUACCCUACUAGAGAACUAGAUAAGACUCUUAGUAACCUAGACUUAUACGACGAGGUAAGAUAA